GGCCAAUUUGAUUCUCUUUUGCGAGCAUACCUCGCCAUAUUUUUCUCUAGGUGUUCUUUUGUCUCACACUUGCAGUACUCUGAGCUAAUUCAGUGAGGCUUUCUGCAAGCUGCUCCUUGACAUCCACGGUACUGAUUUUUCGAUACAGCCUAGUCUUCGACUUGGUGUCUGUCGAAGUGUGGUCUCUGUGCUUGCUCGAAUGUCUGUAGACCUGGUACAAGCGCCUACAGCCCUUCGCUUUGGACCACCACAGACCUCUCGUCGACAAGGCGGCAACAAGACACAAACCAACCACACCAACAACAACCCGCUUUUCUUCUAGCUCUCUUCUUCAGGUCUUGUCUAUCCACAAGACCAACUCUUUCUUCUCUUGGAACUCUUGCUCUCUUUCUCUUUUACCAUGUCGACUGUCAAGCCCACCGGUUCUGCUUCUGUUCCUUCCAAGGCGCAUCCGUAUCCUCAACGGCGCCACAGUUCGACGCGGCAAGGGGUUGCCGCAAAGCGUUCGGAAGCUGGGCAAGAUGUGACUUCCACAUCACCAGCUCGGGCUCCGUCAAUCUCUUCCAUGCGUCCGCUACCGCCGCCAAGUCUCUACCAACAGCCGUCGGUGGUCUCGCUGGCGGAACCACCAGAAACACCAAGACCGUUCUCGCCCGAGUCUCUGUCCAACGAAGCGUCCUCCUCCGAGGACGACGCUCCCAAGGUCAAGGAGAACACUGGACGUUGGUUGGCGGAAGAACACGAGGUCUUCUUGAAGGGGUUAAGCGAACAUGGCAAGCAAUGGAAGAAGAUUGCCAUCAUGAUCAAAACAAGAAGUGUCGUUCAAGUUCGUACGCAUGCUCAAAAGUAUUUUCAAAAGCUCCACAAGAACGAGAAGAAAGCAGAAGGACACCCGGGGAAAGCCUUCUCUACUUCUACGGCAACUUCCACAUCCACCGCCACCACCGCCGUUAAGCGCAAGUCGUCCACCAACAAGGGGAACAACAAGACGCCUGCCAUGGGCGUUGCCGUGGCCAAGAAGCGAAGAGUCUCGCUCGAACCCAAACCCAAAAAGCAGCACUUCCAACAACAGUAUCAAGCACCGAUGAUGGCUUCGGCGCCUUCACUUCCUGUGGCUCCGACAGCUAUCGUCGCUGCCGCCGCGAACUCUGCUCCGGAUCACGCCAUGAUUGAUCCCAGCUUUAUGCACAGUCUUCAUGCCUGUGAAGGGGAACUCGCGGAUUCAUUGCUUGAUCUGCUGGACGACUCGUCGGUCGAAGCGGUGGAGCACGUGAUUGGUUCGGAUGACAUGGACUUGGAACCCAACAUGGUGGAACCAAAUCCUGUCUCUCCCUCGGUCUCUUCCAUGUCAUUGUCGGAUGCCACAGGGGCGUCCGUGGUACUCGACGAACCCAAGGCCACUGAUGUCAUGGUGAACCGCCAUGAUAUCGUGUCAAGUCCCAAUCCGGAAGACUUUUCCAUCCAUAACACCAUUGGAACUGGAAGGGAGCUCUCACCCACUGGCGUGGCGUGUGUCAUGGACAUCAAGGACUUUGAGCAGAAGACUAGCAACUAUGUGGAUGCUCUGGACUGGUUGAUGGACGUUGGUGUCCAUCAACUUCCAGCCACUGACGGGGAAGACGAGUGGAACUCUGCUGCUGCUACCACCGUUACUGUGGUGCCCUUGCCUUCCAGGCCUGCGCCACAAAUGUCGGUCAACAAGCUUGCCGAGGUUAACUCGAGCGCUUUGUCGGUCUUGGAUGGCGACACUUUCUAAAUUGAUUCUGAUGUUUGAUUUAUUUGUUCGGUUUCAAGGUUUGGGUCUCUCCAGAAGAUUCAGCCGUGUGUAUGAUUUGACGGAUACCGUUUGCAUUUGGCAUUCAUUAUCAGACAAUAUCUCAUUUCCAACACAGAAAGACGAACCAAAUGAUGGUGCAAGAAGGCGAACCCAAGCCUGUGCUCGCGUCUAUCACCAUUUCUAUCUUAUCUACCUAUACAUAUUCCCUUUGUCCUCGAUCUUUUGACGUUUUUGUGAGGACAAAACAAGAAAAAGCAAGAAACAAGUUGAAAGCCAAUUGAGAAGAAAAAACAAAAAAAGAAAUCAUCAGAAAAAUAAAGAUAUCCGUCCCAUCCAUCUCCGCGCUGCAUUUACAUUCCGUAUGUCUCGAGAUAACCUACGUCUAAGUAGCGCUACACACUAACCACCGUCUCUUGCCUAACAAGAAUCUAGCUACUGUAGCUAGUAUCCUUGUACAUGUAGCUCGGAAGUAGAAGUCAUCAC